AAACUAUCAAAAGUUCAGAAGUUUUUACUUUUAAACUUCCUGGUCUAAUUUCUAUUUAGAAAGAUACGCUAGUGUCUUUUGAUAGUUUGAUGGACUCGGAUUACACGAGCAUUGUAUCUCCAAAGAGAUAGGCUCAUAAUUAUAGACUCUAAACAUAUUUUGUUUGUGGGAAUAGAAGAUUGCUAAAAAUCAUGUUCACCACUGCGAGUGUGACAAUUCUAACCGUAGUAGCUGUCGUAGGUGUCUAUACAACAGAAGUGGAAUUUGAGAAGGGAGUGUUCCUCAAACCAGUUGACCCAAGCUCCCUUUCCCCUGACCUUUUGAAUAAUGUUAAAGACCCCAAAGAUACAGGUUCCCUUAUCUAUGAUUCUUCCCAAGAUAACAACUAUAACAAGAAACUAAGUCUGAACUUUCAUGUUCGUGAUUUUAAGUCUCAGAGUUCAGAUUUGUUCCGGGCAGACCCAACAUUCAUGAGAUGCCUACAGGAGAUCAGGAAUCACAUGUCUGGCAAAACAGUGAUCAUCAACAGAGGUUUCAAGACAGCCAGUGAUCUACCAGGAAGUACUUCAAUGCGAGACUUAUAUUCCCGAAGUGGUUGUAGCGCUACACUGGGCUUCAAGUCGGGAGAAACUGGUGAUGUCAAGGAAAUAGCUGAGGCAGCGUUAUAUCACUGCCCUGCAAUAUUUGCAUCAGUCCAGAGAGAUAUUGGGCUGAUUAUAAUGCACAAAACUCUACACAUCCACAUGACAGGGCCUGGGGACACAGAGCCCUACUUUCAACUUGCUGGUUACGAAUCUAUGGCAAAUACUGAGGAGUUCAGGACAUGGGCUUUGGAUAAAAUUGAUGAAUAUUAUGAUCCCAUCAACCCAUCAUCAUGUAGUUCAUAUACAGGCCUAGAUGAAGGGGGAAUCUACCCAGAAGGCAGUACAAGCCCUGAAGCUACUGUGGGUAAAUUAGACAUUCAGAUUACCAGAGAAAAGGCUGGUGAUUAUGGGAGGCUGAUGCAGGUUCCUAGCAGGAAUGUUAUAUUCAAGAAUGAUGAUCGUGAUGCCACCUGGUGUGGGAUCCAAAACCAACCAUGUAUUGACUGCCGUUCUGCCAUAAAAGGACAUUCUCUUGCAAGCAGAUGUGGCAGUCGUCUUGUUUCUCCACGCCUCUACUAUGUCAUAAGACAAGUUCAGAAGAUGGUGCGACUUUAUUCAGUAUUUGGGUCAGCCAAGCUACAAGUUAAUGCAGCAUUUGCAGAGGCUACAUCACUCCACCCCUCAGGCCCCUAUCCCCCAGGAUCUCUGCACUAUGAGGGUAGAGCAGCGGAGAUCACCCUGACUGGGACUCCCUCAUCCACUCUCCUAAAGGAGCUCAGUAAACUGGCCAUAUGUGCAGGUGCCACAUAUGUACAACAUAAAGCUGAUCAUGUUUACAUUGCGGUGAAAAAGCAGGCUUCCACAAUAGCACAACAUUCACGAUUUCCCGGCAUUCAACUGAACCAUGUGGUGCCACCUUUUGAGAAGAAAUCACACUAUGAGCUGCCUGAGAUUGGAACAGAACUGGAGAGGAAGUCAAGAUAUAUCUUUGAUGGAGACCUGCAAACAAGCAAACUGUCAGACCACACAACUAUAGACAUGUUUAAAUCCCACCAAAGUGAGGCUAGGUACUUCAGACUGAACCCAUUACUUGUGCAGUGCUUUGAGAACAUUAGAUACAAGGAAAAUAAAUGGCUGAAACCAACAGAUCUCCCUGUAGAAAUUGAGGUUGUGACUGGAUAUAUGACAACUGUUGAAGAAAGAUCAAAGAUACCUGAGUCUGACCCUCGUUACAACAUGCACUCUAGUGGUUUAGCCAUGGCUAUCAAAUACAAAGAUGGGUCCGGACCCACUAAAGAUGUACAACGACUUGCCAAGAUUUCCAUGGAUAAAUGUUCCCCAUUAUUCCACAGGGAAGGAAAGCGUAUUCACUUAGGUGUAUAUGGCAACAAUGUUUAUGUGGGACUAGGAGAGACAUUGAAUGUGUGGUUGGAGAGUGAUGAUGUCACAAUGGGAAAUAUGACAAUUGAGGAGAAUGUCGCUUGGUUCAGGAAAAGAAGCAUGCAAGCAAUACAGAACCGUAUAGUUGACCCUGACAACCUCGAGAAUGCUUGUAUGUAUGCCAAUGUUCCCAGCCGCCAAUCUGUGGACUUCAAACAUGAUCACCCAGGAUAUAUUAAAAGACGUAGAAGACAGGCAGAGCCACUAAGUGCUAAUGAGUGUCAGCCUCGUUCUGAUACUCCAUUUUGUCGUGAAACAAAGGUGCACAGGGAUAACGAGGUGGAGCAUAUGUGGCAACAGAUCAACCUGAAGCACCUCUAUCGUAGAAGUUCUGAUGUUCAGUCUGCACUAGAGAAUUGUUUUGGAGCAUGUGGUACUUGUAUUACAGGUCGAAUAUGGGAGGACAAGCAAGAGCACUGCCACAAUCUGUUACACUGGGUGCCCUAUGACCUUAAGAAUGUUCAACACAAUUACACAAACUUCUUUGCCCGUGACAAUAUACCACUGAGGAAGCAUGCUUGCUAUGGUGGCCAGCACUGUGUAGACAGAUCUCCCUUGUUCUCACUAGUAGCGCCAUCAGUGCUGCAUCUUUAUAGACCCAACCCCAACCAAUCAGUACAGAAUGAGCUGUAUGGCUCCACUGACAACCCCCUCCCUGUCUUUGAACUACUUAAUAAAAUAUAUGCAAUGGAGGCACAAGGAAUAGUGAAGUUUUGGACCAAAGAUGAGACUGAGCUACAGUCAAUGAGAGGGUCACUUCAGGCAGCUAUGUUGUACAACAAGCGAGUGACAGAGGUGCAUGUCUAUGUGGAGAAUCCAGCACGUCGUGGCCAUGUCACCCAGGCCUUGGAGAACAUGAUCCUAGAGUGGAGUUCUAAAGGGUGCCCCACCUACACACGGGAGACCAUAGCACCUUAUAUGGUAGAUGACCUACCUCAGGCCAUUGUAAAGCGGUCACUAUCUCCAGAACAUGAUCUACGUGAAAAACUCCUGGACCAGCGAAGGAACUGGGAGUAUGAGUGGCUGAGAAAGACCAGCAAUUAACCAUGGAGACCGCUUCACUGUUGUUAGGAGAAUGUUACCAUGGUGAAUGCAUCAAUAACAAUGACAAUCAGUAUAUAGAAUCAACCCUGUGAUUUCACUCAUGUAUUGCUGCUCAGAAUAGAAAAGUUGAUAUUUUAUGAGAGCUUAUAGCUUUGUAAUGCUUUUACAAAUGUUUUUUAUGUUUGAUAUUGUGACAUGUCACAUGUUGUGACAUAUUCAUUUACAGACACAGAUGUGAAGCCAAAUUAGAUGUGCCAAUAACUGUCCAUAAUACAGUAUGAUGAUUAAUGUUGAUUUUAAGACACUUUAUAUAAGUCUGUCAACAGUUUUGAACAUGUAUCACUAUAUAAUUUAUAUUUUUAUGCAAAUUAUUCAUUCCUUAUAUGUGAACUGUUCACCAUAUGUUCUCAUAGCCUGGGCUCUUCCAUGGGCCUUAUUUUGAAAGUGAUUUCAAUGUAAUGUAUGAUGAGCACUUAUUUAAAAAUUUGUGGGGAUGUUUACAACAAAUGGAGUUUAAUGAAGUUGUUGCAGAAUAGUAAAAUACGUUGUACAAAAUAAGUUAUAACAUGCUAAAUACAUGAUAACAGUAGCCUUUUCGGGUUAGAUUUUUAUGACUUGUUCAAAAUGACAACCAUCUCUUUUAGAAUUU